AAAUAAUAUUGCCCCUCGGCCACUAUAUUGGCAGCCAUAUCACCGUCUCAUAACACGGCCAAAUACUAUCUAUCAUACCGAUUUCCACAGUAUAUUCUUUAGAAAAUCAAAUCCCCCCUGGAUACUAUUUACAAUGAUUGCUAUCGGCCUUGAAGGCUCCGCCAACAAGAUUGGCGUGGGCAUCAUGUCGCAUCCCGAUGAUGGCAGCACCCCGCAGGUCCUGGCUAAUAUUCGACACACCUAUGUCGCCCCUCCUGGUGAGGGGUUCCUCCCCAAGGAUACAGCACGACAUCACCGAUACUGGGUGGUCAAGUUAGUCAAGAAAGCUCUCAAGCAGGCUCGCCUGUCAGUCGAUGAUGUGGAUUGCAUCUGUUAUACCAAAGGCCCCGGAAUGGGGGCACCGCUCCAGAGUGUUGCCGUUGCGGCUAGAAUGAUGAGCCUGUUAUGGGGGAAGGAAUUAGUCGGGGUAAAUCAUUGUGUUGGACACAUUGAAAUGGGAAGAUUAAUCACUGGCUCUACCAACCCUGUCGUCCUCUAUGUCUCUGGAGGAAACACACAAGUAAUCGCAUACAGUGCACAACGGUAUCGGAUCUUCGGCGAAACCCUUGAUAUGGCAGUGGGCAACUGCCUGGACCGAUUUGCCCGUACAUUACACAUCUCCAAUGAUCCCGCGCCGGGGUACAACAUCGAACAAUUAGCUAAAAAAGGCAAGCAACUGGUCGAUCUGCCAUACACUGUCAAAGGCAUGGAUUGCUCCUUUUCGGGGAUUCUAGCUGCAAUCGAUGGACUGGCUGCCACAUACGGUCUGAGCGGGGAGGAAAAGGAAGAACAGAUUGAUAACGACUCACCUGCUACUCGCGCAGACCUGUGCUUCUCCCUUCAGGAGACCAUAUUCUCCAUGCUUGUUGAGACUACAGAGCGUGCGAUGGCCCAUGUAGGGUCCAAGGAAGUUCUGAUUGUCGGAGGUGUUGGUUGCAACGAACGUUUACAAGAGAUGAUGGGGAUUAUGGCUCGCGACCGCGGUGGCAGCGUACAUGCGACAGAUGAACGGUUCUGUAUUGACAAUGGUAUUAUGAUCGCGCAGGCUGGCUUGCUCGCAUACAAGACCGGAUUUCGAACCCCGCUCAAGGAAUCGACCUGUACCCAGCGGUUCCGGACGGACGAUGUGCUUGUCAAAUGGAGGGAUUAAUUUCGCCCCGUUCGAACAAUUAAUAUACGAAUGUCUCUGAUGCCCAUCCAAUCAAGUUUUACGAAUAAUAGAGGAAUUUACGCAUGUUCCCCCUCCCCUGCCAAUUGGCAAUUCUGAAUCACGAUACUUGAAACUGGCGCUCUUCAUCUCUAUCCACGGGAUAGAAAGAUAGGUAAUUAGUACGGACAAGAGGAGAUAGAAAGCAUAUUUCAUUAUUUGUAAAUCAUAGAUAGAUGUCCAAGUUUUCAGUACCGAAAAAUGAACUUGGUUAUGAACGGGUGCGUUCACUCAUGGACGAUCAGGAAGUGAUAACGCACGUUCAGAAAACCCAAAUGGCCAAAUGAAAAGGAAUGAAAGAAGAGAAGACGAGGGGAGAAAAGAGCCUGCUCCAUGAUAGUAUUUUGAUUCC